CUCCCAGCUCAUCCAGCCGCCGCCCCAGACGCGACCAUGUCCCGCUCCUGGCUGCUGUGCUUGGCCGGGCUGCUAGUCCUGAGUGAGGCCGGCCGGCUGCCCGCUUUGCAGAGCGCCCUGGACAAAGUGCUGGAGGAUGUCCACGGGCGGAGCCUGGUCCAGGCGGCCUUCCUCGGGGAGGCGGCCACAGAACUGGUGGAGGUGUUACCAAUGGGGACCUACGUCCAGUUGGAAGUGGACCUGGUGCAGACGGUCUGCAGGAAGCACCAGUGGAGGAGCCAGAAUUGCCAGAUCAAAGCGGGCGGGAGGAGACAGAAAUGCCUGGCGUGCUUCAAGUUUGACGACAACAAUCCGGGAACUCUGCUGAACAAAUCCCUCCGGUGUUUAUCCGAGCAGAAUCCCCUUUUCCAGGAGGCGAGGCGGCGACAAGAAGCCGAGUGCCAGGCCAUCAAGGCGACCAACGAGGACCGGUACCUUCCCGGGAAGUUCGCCUUUUCCGUGGGUCUCCCUUCCUGACCCUCCCCGGACGAGGCCGGCCAGAGCGGCACGGACCCAGCUGACUGGCAUCCAUGCGGAGACCCGGGCAUCGGCGCCAUCGUCAGCGGGAAGGGCUGCUUCCCGAAGCAUCACCCCCCCUGUCCGAUCUCUCUCGGUCCCCCCAAUAAAAUUGCAAGCUGCGUUUUCACCCUG